AUGACACUGGAUCGCCAGGAGAUCGAGAACAUUUUGUUUAUGGGACACCUCAAGUGUUUGUUCCUGGGCAUUGGUCGUCAAGACACGAUUGACCUUUCAUCCUCGCUGAAGGUCGUACAGAACUUCCGCCGCAAUCAGGGAGCGAUAAGUUCGGGGAUAGACUUCCGCUCGUUAAGGAGUCUACGAGUCCUGGGACUGGAUCUGUCACCAGGCAUGGCGAUUGGACCUGCUGGAACAUUGGAUUCACUGGAGGAGCUCAUCCUCAAAGGACCCGCCAAGUUAAUAACAGAAUUCUUGGGCACGAUAUUGGUACCCCAGCUCGCGUCAGUCAGGUUAUUUGUCGCCGACUCGCCCAGGUCCGAGCGCUUAUUGAAGAUAUUCUCGUUCCUGGGACAUCAUGCUUUGAAGAUCAUUGCUGUAUGCGCUCUGGGUACGUAUGAGAAGAUAUACACAAUAAAUUGGAACCAGAUAUUUGCCCACUUGUCUGGCCUUGCAGAGCUAGAAGCUCUGCGUCUCCAGUUCUACCAGGUCUCAAUUUCCAUGGAUGACCAUGAUAUGGCCCGGCUUGCGCAGACUUGGCAGAGUCUGAAAAUAUUGGACCUUCGGCACUGCGAAACCAGCACCUCCAGGCUCCCAUCCAUGAAGUCCCUCGUUCAGGUCGCGGAAAACGCACCCAAGCUGCGCGAACUAUACCUCGACAUUCAGAACAACAUCGAUUCCCUUCUCCCGUUGGAAUGUGCAGUCUUCAAUCAUCAACUCCAAAUACUGGAUCUUUACUUCCAUUGGAAAGAUCCGAAAUCAGAGAUUGGCUCUAUGGCCAAUUUCUUCCACUCUCUGUUUCCUUGCCUUGACACACGAGGACUUGUGGGUGAUGAUCAACGUUGGACGGAGAUGCUGCGUUUGAUCGACGAGAAACGUGGAUCAAGGCAGCUCGAGAAGUGA